GAUGUGGCGGUACCAGCUCCGGCGAAGGGCAAGACGGUGGCCGAGAAGGCUCCGGGAGACGGACGGUGGCCGAGAAGGACCGGCAUGGAGCACCUGGAGCGCUGUGCGUGGUUUCUCCGCGGGACGCUGGUGAGGGCGGCGGUGCGGCGCCACCUGCCCUGGGCGCUGGUGGCCGCCAUGCUGGUGGGCUCGGUCCUCAAGGAGCUGUCCCCGCUGCCCGAGAGCUACCUCAGCAACAAGCGCAACGUCCUCAACGUGUAUUUUGUUAAAUUGGCCUGGGCCUGGACAGUCUGUCUCCUCCUACCUUUCAUUGCCCUCACCAACUAUCACCUGACGGGCAAGACCAGCCUGGUCCUGCGGCGGUUGAGCACCCUCCUCGUGGGCACAGCCAUCUGGUAUACCUGCACAGCCCUCUUCUCUAACAUUGAGCACUACACAGGCAACUGCUACCAUUCCCCAGCCCUGGAGGGCAUCAGACAGGAGCAUCGUAGCAAGCAGCAGUGCCACCGGGAAGGGGGCUUCUGGCAUGGCUUUGACAUCUCAGGUCACUCCUUCUUGCUGACCUUCUGUGCACUCAUGAUCGUGGAGGAGAUGGCCGUGUUGCACGAGGUGAAGACGGACCGCAGCCACCAAUUCCACACUGCCAUCACCACCCUGGUGGUCGCCCUGGGCUUCCUGACCUUCAUCUGGGUGUGGAUGUUUCUGUGCACGGCCGUGUAUUUCCACGACUUGACCCAGAAAGUGUUCGGCACCAUGUUUGGUUUGUUGGGCUGGUACGGGACAUAUGGGUAUUGGUAUCUGAAGUCUUUCUCUCCAGGACUUCCUCCCCAGAGCUCUAGUUUGACUUCGAAGCAAGAUACUUACAAGAAAUGAGAAGGAAGGAAAUAGGGACAGGAGGACAAUGGCCAAUAGGAUUCCUGCCUACUUUGUCCAGUGACUGGCUGAAUUAUCCAUCCCGUUUCAGAGAGGACCUUACUAGGUACUUCUGGAGUGGGGAAAGUCUGGGAGCAAGCUUCGUCCUCAGACUCUGCUGGCAGUGCCACCAUGUUGCCGGCAGUGCUAUUCCUGUCAGAUUCUUCUCAUCUCCGGCAAGAUGUAACCUUAAUCUGUUCCCAGAGAGAGAGCUAAGGCUCAGCAGAGGGAUAGCUGAUGGCCUCAUCAUGGGACUCAAGGGAAAACCAGGGCUUCAGGACUCUCUGCUAUGGCCUCCCUGGCUCUGGUUCUCUUUCGAGUUUAGUGGCUAUGGUAAUGCUGUUCAUUUAACAGCGUUUCCCCAUGGCUGACUCUGAGAUAAGCAUCUGUCUCUGGUAGGUUCUUUGUUAAAUACCCCAGUGCCUAAAGGGCACUCUCUGGCUGAAGCAUCCGUAUCCCCUGCCGAAUGUUGAUGUUGUACCUGCCAUGAUUGCCAACAGGGGCCAUGACCCUGCAGUGCCUGUAUGACUGUUGAUGUUGUUGUUGUUGUUGUUGUUGUUGUUAUUGUUAUUGUUUUGUUUUGUUUUGUUUCUCUGAGUAGCUCUGUGUGUCCUGGAACUCACUCUGUAGACCAGACUGGCCUCAAACUCAGAAAUCCACCUGCCUCUGCCUCCCAAGUGCUGAAUCAAAGGUGUGCACCACCACGGCCAGGCACUUGGAUGUUUUUUUGUUUUUUGUUUUUUGUUUUUUGUUUUUCUGUGCACACUGAGUUGGUUUUCAGAGCAGUAACAGAGAAUCCCAUUUUCUCUCUUCUCUCCUGACUGACUGCUCUAUAGUUUCAAUCAUUACUACUCCGUUUGGUCUUUGUUGGUUUGACAAAGCUCCAGCACCACACUUGGGCAUGUGAAAAUUGUUUUGAGGGGUUUUUGUUUUUUUAGAACACUAACUUUUUAUAGAAACCAAAUUCUUGACUUGUUGUAUGAAAUCCCACCUCAUAGGAUUGAUCCCUCUCUUAGGAAUAUAACUGGAGCCAGUGGGGGAGCGCGGUGCUGCAUGCCUUCAAUCCCAGCACCAGGAAGGCAGAGGCAGGCAGAUCUCUGUGAGUUUGAGGUUACCCUGCCAUGGCUGCAUUGGGAGAUUCUGACUCAAAAAAGAAAGAAAGAAAGAAAAAAAGAAAGAAAGAAAGAAAGAUUAAGAGAUUAAGAGAGAAAGAGAGAAAGAGAAAGAAAGAAUAAAACUGAAAGGCAGAUUUUUAUUAUUUGAUGAUUUUUAAGCUGAGAGAGUAAUUCAGUCAAGUGCUCAUUUGUCCUAAGGGUUUCCUACCCACUGACUGGUGAUAGAGACAGAAUUGGGUUUGGGAACCUUAUAGGACAAGUGCCACAGCCUAGGGGAUUUUUACCUUUGGAGAUUAUGAUAAUUUAGAAGUGGAAUAAAAUGUUUCGCUCUGACGCUGGAAGCCAGUCUUUUUUUGCAGCACUUCCCGGCUUCCUGCCACAUCAUUCUGUGGCCUUCACCGUGACUGUUAGGCUAAGAAGUCCUGUUACCCACGUCCCACACGGAAGGCUUCUGGUCUGACAAGAGGGGGCCCUUUCCUCUCCCAGGUCACCUCCUUAAGCCUGGCAUAGCUGAGCCCCUGGCCUUUUGGAUGAUGACCCUUGAAGCUGCUUGGAUGCCUCCUCCCUGGCAGAGCUGGCUAAUGGCGUUAACUGCUAAGCUUUGGCCUGGCUCAAGCUCUGGUUGUUAGGUGCUUAGUAAAUUAAGAGUAAUCUCUUUUUCUUUUAAUCUUAGGGUUUUUUUUUUUUUUUU